UUGACAUUUGAUUUUUGAUUUGAAUUAAAAAUUAAAAUGUUUAAGAAAGUCUUAAAAAUUAAGAGUAAUAAUCAAUUAAAAGCAUCAGAGAGGAAAGCUUUUAAAGAUUUGUUGCUUAAAACGUUUCCUAACCUUACUGAAAAUGAAUUGAAUGAUUUUCUUCCUAAAAAAGAGGUUCUAAAUGUCGUCAAGCUUGUUACUGCUGAUGAUAUAACUGUACAAGUGUACACAGUCCAAAAAAGGCCUAUGGUUUUCGAAACACUGGGACGCUUGUUUCCAACAGUAUAUUUCUUGUGGAAAUUUCCAAAUAUUAUCUAUGCAUUUACAACUCACCAAAAAGUGACACAAUUUAUAAAUUCAGGAGCUGAUCUUAUGUUACCCGGAGUAGUAGUACCACCACCUCAAUCAGGCUUGCCAAAAUUCGGAUCCGUUUCAGAAAAUGAAACAGUAUAUGUAAAUUUAACUAAUAAUGUAGCAGCUAUUGCAGUUGGUGUAACUAGUCAAAGUUCAGGAGCUAUGUCAUUAGCAAACGGCAGAGGGAAAUGUGUUAUAAUUCGUCACUUUUAUGGAGAUAAUCUGUGCACCUUAGAUAAUACACCUAUAUUGCCUAUUGUUAAUUUAGGAUCACCUGAAUGGUUAAAGUUUAAAAGUUAUGAAGAUGAUUUCCCUGAACUGGGUGGUAGUUCUAAAAAACUGGAAGAAAAUGGAGAGUUGGAAGACGAAAAAAUGGAAAGUAUUAACGUGGAAGAUGAUUUAGCUCGAGAUGUGAAACAGCUAGAAUCAACUGUAGAUACGGUGGAAGAUAUGGAUGCUACAUUAAUUUAUUGUUUCUUAGGUGCAGUAAAGUAUUCAAAAAUAACAUUGCCAAUACUGACGUCAAAUUUUUUUAAAUUGCAUAUGCUUCCGUUAUGUCCAGAAAACAAGACUUUAGAUAUAAAAAAAACUUCGUUCAAGAAACUUAAACCAUUUCUGGAGAAAAUGGCUGAGGAAGGCAUAAUUAUGGUAAAAGAAGUUAAAAAAGGAGUAGAACAAAUCACUUCUAUAAAUCAAGAGCAUCCUAAAUAUAAAGAAUUUUAUAUUAGUCCUGGAAAUAGACCGAAAAAAGAAGACGAUGGAGCUAAUGUGUCUAAAACCGAUGUUGUUGAAUCGUAUAUUGUUACACAAAACGUUUUACCUCUAUUUCAGAUGGAAGGUUACAACAAAGGGGAUACUAUACAAGGUCCUGACGUUCGAAAAUAUGUUACCAAAUAUGUAAAGGAACACAACUUACAAGAUGAAAAAAAUGCCAGACUUGUAAAACCAAAGGAAGUUUUGGCAACUAUUUGUAAAACCACCCUUCCUAUAAAUUGGGAAGAAGUCGUAGAAAAAGUAUGCGAAUCAAUGAGAAGCUGUUACAAAGUGAGAACGGCGACUGAGGAAAUAAUCAACAAAGGAAAGGUCUCACCGAUUACUAUUUCUGUUGGAGUUAGAUCUGGAAAUAAAAAGGUCACGCUUGUUGAUAACUUGGAACUAUUUGGUAUACGCCUACCCGAUUUUGCUAAAGAGUGUCAACAUGGAGUAGCUGCUAGUACCAGUAUUAGUAGGCCCCCGGGCAAAAAAUCCGAUCAGCUCCUAGUACAAGGAAAUCAAGUUACCUUUGUGUAUGAUUUAUUAACAGAGAAGUAUAAGGUCCCAAAGAAAUAUAUACAGGGUUUAGAGAACGCUCCGAAAAAGAGAAAGUGACAGUCAGGUUGUUUAAAUAUGUCAAGUGACUUACAAAUGAGUAUAUUUUUUAAAAUUUUGAUUUUUUAAAAAAUAAAAUAUAAUAAACCGUUGAUAUUG